UGUUUUCUUAUUUGCAUUAUGAGUCAGUGGCGAAAUCAAAAACUAGUAGAAUCCUUUGACAGCGACGAGUGGAACAAACCUGUCAAAUCAGAUCCCAAUGAUCAAAGAUGGAAUACACAAGUAGAAAGAGCAGGUGGUUGGGGAAAUCGUACACAUAAAAUGAAUGAUUUCGAGACUCGAAAAACGCGUGGAAGAGGUGGUUAUCAGUCAGGCAGAGGUCAUGGAUGUGGAGGACACCAACAACAGAGACAAAACACUAGUUGGCAUCAACAAAAGUCACUGAAUGCUACUUGGGGGAAUCAACUGCAAUCCAGUACUAGUGAUUGGAGUAAUGCAGCCAAUGCUUGGGAUCAAAAGCCUCAGAAGGUAGAGAACAGUGCCAAACCAAAUGGCUGGAGUACAGUUGCCUCAACUAAACCCAAUGCUUGGAACCAAAAGCCUGAGAUCAAGCAAAAGAAUGAAGCGGCAUCUAAUUAUCGGAACAUUGCUUCCUCAUCAACAAAUGACUGGAAUACUGCUUGCUCAUCAACAAAUGAUUGGCAUCAAGAGUCAAAGACAGAACAAAAGAAUGAUGGCUGGAACACUACGACUUCCAAUGCCUGGGAUCAAAACUCAAAGACAAAACCAUCAGUCAACACUUGGCAGCAGCAAGAGCCUAAAAAAGAACCAGCUUCUGAAGGCUGGGACGCACCUGCUAAAGCAAGUAAAGUAGGUGAAUGGGGCACAGUCACAUUAGAGAACUUGGGUUGGAAUGAAUCUGGCAAACGACCCAAAGACACCAAAGAAGCUGGCAGAGGUAUUUGGAAAGAUGGCAAGCAUGAACUUGGUGAAGAAUAUGAAGAAAUAAAACUCAAGCUAUUUGGUACAGCCACAAAUACAGAAACUAUUCACUCUGGUAUCAAUUUUGAUAAAUAUGACAACAUCCCUGUUGAGGUUGUUGGCCAUGAUCCUUCAGACGCUUUGACUACGUUUGAAGAUACACAACUAGAUAACCAUUUACGUACCAAUAUCCAAUUAGCUCGUUACAAAGUUCCCACACCCGUUCAAAAGCAUUCUGUGCCUAUUGUUCUGAAAGGAAACGACUUGAUGGCUUGUGCUCAAACAGGUUCUGGUAAGACAGCCGGGUUCUUGUUUCCUAUUUUAUCAGCCAUGUUUUCUCGUGGUCCUAAGCCAGAUCCUCAAGAACCUCCUAUUAAAAAAGGUUACCAGAGUUACAGAAAAUCCUAUCCUCAAGCAUUGAUUCUUGUUCCUACUCGAGAACUCGCUUCUCAGAUCUUUAAUGAGGCUAGAAAAUUCUGCUAUCGUUCCUAUGUUCGUCCUUGUGUAGCCUAUGGUGGUGCAGAUAUUCAACAACAGCUGCGUUUGAUUGAUCGUGGCUGUCACCUGUUGGUUGCUACACCUGGUCGAUUGGUAGAUAUUCUAGAACGUCGCCGAGUGUCUUUCCAAAAUAUUCAAUACUUGGUCUUGGAUGAAGCAGAUCGUAUGCUUGACAUGGGUUUUGAACCUCAAGUCAGACGUAUCGUCGAGGGUGAAGAUAUGCCAUCUCCUGCUGAUCGUCAAACACUCAUGUUCUCUGCUACAUUCCCUGAAAAUAUUCAAGCCCUUGCUCGUGACUUUAUGAAAGAAUACGUGUUCUUGUCUGUGGGUCGUGUUGGUGCUACAUCAGAAAAUAUUACUCAAAACAUUGUGUUGCUUAGAGAAGAUGAAAAGCGCGCAAGACUAAUUCAAGUGCUUGAAGAGCACAAAGACGAAAGUGGCUUGACGUUGAUCUUUACAGAGACAAAACGCAUGGCAGAUACUGUAUGUGACUUUUUAAAUGAAAACAACCAUGCUGCUACAGCUAUUCAUGGUGACCGUGUACAAAGUGAGCGUGAAGCUGCUCUUGAUAUGUUUAGGAAAGGAACAACACCUAUCAUGGUUGCCACAGCUGUUGCUGCCCGAGGUCUUGAUAUUCCUAAUGUAAAGCAUGUUAUUUCGUAUGAUUUACCUAGCGACAUUGAUGACUAUGUUCAUCGUAUUGGUCGUACAGGACGUGCGGGUAACACAGGUAUUGCUACUGCAUUUUUCACCCAUGGUAACCGAUUCCUUUCAAGUGAAUUAGUCAAAUUACUGCAAGGUGCUAGUCAACAAGUUCCUGGCUGGUUACAAUCCAAAGCAGAUGAUCCUGAAAAUUCUCCUUCAAAUGCAUCGCCUGCUCCUAACAGAAGAAACAGACGCCCUAACCGUGAUGACAAUAUUGGCCCUCGUGUAAGUUCUUUUAAAAGCUCGUAAAGUUACGUUUGUAUAUAUAUAUCACAAAUAAAAUGUUUGACUCUAAAAUAAUUCCCUAUUGCAAACGAUUAGGCAUCUUCUCUUUUAUUUUAUUGCAGGCAGUCACUGCUCAAGCUCCUCAUACAAGC